GUUGUUCUCGCUUUUGCUGCCAGUCCUGGCAACUUCAUAACGUGCAUUUUGUUGACUCUUGACAAAAAAAAAAUGUCGAUCCCCGGUAGACCUCGCUUCUCCAACCCACACCAUCUCAUACAACAAUCUGAGCUCGUGUCCCGCGCGUCACUGGUUGAAGACGGCAUCACUGCUGGGUUUGAACAUUGCGAUGAUUCCAAAAAAAAUGACGAGGAGAUACGUGCCCUUGAGGAAAUCGUUAAAAGUAAUCUAGGGGAUAUACUGGAACGACCAAGAAAACGGAGGAAGAUUGGUAGGAAGGAAGAGGCGAAUGUUGCUGAGGCUCUCGAAGAUGUGGCGAAGGUGCAGGAGGGGUCGACCAUCAUUGAACCGGCGAUAGCUUCCUCAUUUCGCCUUGUGGGCAGCACCCUUCCGCCACGCCCGAUAUGCCUCGAUCCCCCGCCUGUACCUGAACGAAUAGUAUGGGAACCACCAUGCGAAGACACAGAUGGUGAAGCCGAAGAACGAGCGUCAAAGGCAACAUCAAUAGCAGUCGACUUUUCCUGGUUGAUCACAGAGUCAAGGAAAUCUUACACACCUCGACCGAACGAAGAACGCAAAGUCUUCUCCGCACACGCACAUCACAGACUCUCAGCCGAGCCACCGUCUCUCGUCCUCUUCGAACAUCCGAAAGGCACAUCAAGUCCAACGCUUGCCCCCACGUCAACACCUGCUGCAGAGAAAGAACAUUCGCAACAUCCAGUCCUAAAGCCUUCGCCACACGAACCUAAACCUCAUUCCUCCUCAUGCCCCACUAUCCAACUCAAUUCUACCAUCUCGGACUACUCCACGCCUACCUUCCUUCCCUCAAGCUCUCGAAAACGUCUCUACCACUCGCACUCGCGCUUGCAACUCAUGCCCUCGACCAACGAAGCGACAUGCAAAAAUAACAAGAACAAGCAUCAGCGCAAAUGCAAAGCAGCCCGAUUCUGGCGACCCAUAUAUGGCUGGGGGGGAAAGAGUCUAGGCUACGCGAUGGGCUAUGAGGGCAGUUCAGCUAUCGACGCCGAUGAUGACGCAGGGGGUGCGUAUGGUGGGAGGACGAGAGGGUAUAUCAGGGAUCGGAUGAAGAAGGGCGUGCAGGGUGAGGUUUGGGAGUCUGGCUUCGACUCAGGAUGGCGGUAAUCAGUAACGUGUUGGGUGGUCUUCCAACUAUGGCCAGAAGACCUUACAAUAUCACGCAAGCGCGCUGGUCGGUGGAGUUCUGUAUUGGCGGAAACGCACGCGUUGUCAAGA